UAAGUAUUUUAUCAAAGUAAUAAAUACUGCCCUAAUUUUGUAAUUAUAUAGGUACUACACCAAUGGAAAGAAAACAUUCAAGUUCAAAUGAACGUAGUGCAGAAUGCUUGUCAACAUUUUUUAUGCAACUUUCACAGCUUUAUUUUGACAAAGCUCGCGAGUUGGUGGAAAAAGAAAAAGAUGCUGUUAGACCUGGACCCUGUCGACAACUUCUCACGCUUCUCCCAAAUCUUGUAGUUGUGGAAAAGUCUUAUGUUGAACUAGCCUUUGUCUCAAUGAAGAACAAAAUAUUUCUGAGGAAAGAUAAUUCUCUCAGAUCUCUGUAUGAAUCGUUUCGCUCUGAUCUCAACAAAUUGGAGGAUGGAGAUGAUUUUGUUACGAAAAUUUCUGAGCACCUGAAUGAGCACGCUGCUGCUCGAAUCCUUCUAAUCGACUUAUAUGAGAGAAUGUAUACCAUUGGAUCGAGUAAUAAAGCUGUCAAAGCCUCAGAACUAUUAGUUAUGAUUAAUGCUAUCCAACCGUUCUCAUGCCGUUUAGAAAUCAUAGCUCCUUUCAUAGCUUCGUUCAGUCUUGAAUACGAUAUUCUGAAAAAUUUGCUGCAAGCGCUUUCAGAAUUGCAGAGUUGGCAAUUUUUACCCUGUUUGACGCAUCUCCAUUUUUCCAAUACACACUUGACCACUUGGGAAAAAAAUCUCCAAAAUAGAGAGUCUUGGAAAUUGGGAUUUGGCGCUUCUUUUCUGAAAGGGAACCAAACGCCGGCUUUGUGCCAAUGGCUGGUCAAACUGAAAUAUGCAAUCGUUGCUAAAUUCUCGCUCUACUUCCAUAGCGUCCUAGUUCAGCAGACGACCGGCCCAGAUAUGAGAACCAUUUGCAGUAAACACAACAUUGAUCAUAUGCAUAAGAUCCACAGCCUGCAGCGCAAACACGAUGCGAUCUGUGUGGUGCUAGUGUUGGACGCGACGGGCGGCGACGCGGAGCUGCUGUCGAGUGGCCCCGGCUACCAGCACCCGGAGCGCGCCGUCGAACCCCUCGACCAGUUCACAGUCAUGCUCAGCUACCCGGUCAAACCCAAAGACCAACUGCCCACCAUCACCAAGGCGCUGUCCGAGCGCCGAGCCGAACUCUCCACCCUGGAGGUCAUUUGCAUCUACUGUGUCAAGGAGAAGUACACCUACUUCAUGAGUCUCGUCGAUCCGCGGGUCACUCUGGUCGUCGUCUUCGACUCCAAGAAGGACGACCGAGAGACCUCCAUCAAGAACAACAUCAGUGAGUUGUGCGCACAACUGCGCUGGAAUCGGGUGUUUGCUCUCUUGAAACUCAACAACAAAUGAAGCUAACGCUUAUGCCUUGCCCAGUAAGCUGGCCAGUCUGAAAUGUAAACAGUGCCCAAUCAAGGCCAGCGGUUGACAAACCACCCAUCCACACCCUGGCGCUGGUCGUCAUUGGCCUUCAUUGGGCCAACAUGUGGAUGCGGCAUCACACAAAUCAUUAUUGAUCCUAAGGAUUUGUCAUGUUACCAUUUAUGUAAAUGUUUUACAAGAUUUUACUGUCGUUAAUAUUGAAUAAAAUUUAUUAUUUUUCAAGAA